GGUAGAUAGAACCUCGCACAAAACCUCGGCCGACUUCCGAACCAGCCGCCUCGACAUUUCCUCACAAAUUCGAACACCUCAGACGCUUCCAGCCACCGUCGCCCCCGCUCCGGCUCCUCUCCGCCGCCGGCCGUCAGCGGAGGCGCUCUCCUCGCCGGCACACGUCGUCGCUGCCCCCUUCGCGCCCAUGGAUUCCUCCCCUGCCGCCGCCGCCGCCGCCGCCGCGCCGCCCCUCGACGACUGCCUCCGCCUCCUCCGCGGCGAGCGCGACGAGCAGAAGCUGGCGGGCCUCCUCAUCGCCGCCAACGUCUGCCGCGCCGGCGACGCCGCCGCCGUCGCCGAGGUCUACCGCGCCGUCGGGCCCCGCUUCCUCCGCCGCCUCCUCAACACCGGGUUGGGGAAAGUGGAGGGCGGGAAGGAGGAGGAGCGGGAGGCGUACCUGCGGCUCGCCGUGACCGUGCUUGCCGGGCUCGCGCGCGUCCCGGAGGUCGCGGCCGACGAGGGGGUCGUCUCCACCGUUCCCCUCGUCGCCGAGGUUGUUUCCAAAUCGCCUGAUCUGACAAUUACCGAGGAAUGUUUCGAGCUUCUGUCGCUCGUUGCCAUAGCCUCCGACGACGGGGCGCAUAAAUUUUGCGAGCCUGGAAUUAUCGACAUGCUCUUCGGUCAAUUCUCCAGCUUUCCAGAUGGUUCAAGGUGCUUAGAGCUUGCCACUCAUCUAAUGCAGUUACUUGUUCAUAAACUCAGAGCAGACAACAUGAGUGUGGAGAGACUGCAAGGCAUGGCGAGCAUGGUGGCUUCUCUUGCUGUGCCUUUCAACGUUCUUCACACCACAGUUAAAUUUGAAUCGCUGCACAUGCUUACCACCCUUCUUUCCCAAAAAGAAUCUAUAAGACCACUCCAUGGUGCUUUGAGAUCAAUGCCGUCCACAAUCUGGGAAUCUCAUAUCCGUGGUGGAAUUAUAGACGUUCUUCAAAACCGUGUUGUAUCCUCCGAAAAGCUGCAAGCUCUUCUUUUGGCGGAGUGCAUGAUGUCUAUACUAGGUGAGAGUUGGUUGUCAGAAGAUCAUAAAAUCCUGGAUAACAAGAAUGUUAUGUCCGUCGACAAAUUUGUGCUGCUUGUCCUAGAAUCUGCAAGAGUUGAAGUGGCUGUCCUUCUAAAUGAACUUGCUUUUUCAAAGUAUGAGUCAUCAAAAAGUUCUCAGAUAGAUGAUGCCAUCAGCCAGAAACAAAGAAAUCUGGCUAUAUUGUUUUCACUGAUAGAAAGAAUAAUCAAAAUGAUAUCAGAUGCUAGCGGUGGUGAAGGUGAACCAAGUCAAACUAUCCAUGAAAGGACAAUAAUACAGGCAAUUAAAGGAUUAAAUGAGACAAUCAGUCUAGUGUUGGACUUCCUGCAGGAUGCAAAGGAUCACGGGCAGAGGAAAGAUGAUGAUCUUUUGGCAGCUGUGAGAAUAGUGGGAAGCUAUCUGGCAGAGACGCCAUAUGCCUGCCAAGAGAAGACUGGACGUCUACUGGAAUUUAUAUUUUCUAUUGAAGGUCAAGAUGAAUCAAGGCCCUUCUAUUCCGUUCGCUUCAUGCUUCCAAUGCUAUCCCAAAUAACAACGACAGCCGAUGGAUGCAGAACUUUGGUGUCGUUUGGAGGCCAUAAAGCAGUUAUAGACUGCCUAAUUAAAAUGACAGAGCAGAAUGGAAUGAUGGUCGACAAUGGCAGCAUCUUUUUGGCGUGCGAUACUAUCAGAAACAUUAUGUCAAAUAGGAAGAGUUCCCAUAUUCAAAUGGAGCCUUGUUUCAUCUGUCUCCUGCAAGCACUUAUUACAUGGGCUGGAACAACUGAUGCUUCAUCAGUCAUCAUGACAGCCUGCAGCUUGUGCACGAUGGUGAUGGAGUUGACAUCAGAAGAGUUCCUCUUGAGCUGCUCUGAUUUUGACCCCAAGACCCUUGGGAGUUUGUCUGACCUCAUUGUCAGAAGCUUGCAUCAGGAUAUCCCUGACGGCGAUAUGGAACAGUUGAACGAAAAACAAAUAAUCGUAUCAGGCUACAAGCGCUGGGCUGAUCGAUUCCCUCGUGUUAGAAAUGUUGUACAUCAGCAUGUAUCUGUCUGAUCGUCUGUCAGAUCUUCUCUACAUGAAGAGUUCUCUUGUGAAUGAAAUCCUGAUAUGGGAACCUGAAGUGCUACCAUCCGCGGGCAUGGAAGUUUAAUCUCAGAUGGUCGGCCAUUGACCAUUCCCUUAGCUGACCUGCUGCUGAUGUGCCAGGAAGUUUGACAUCUCAAAUGGCAGCUCACUGGUUCUUCUGUGUAAUGCCUGUUGGCCUGACAUGAAUACGCUCACUGGGGUGAGCAGGAUGGUAGUGCAUACAUAGCCUAACCCUCCCGAUCAGUUGUGGACUGGCAUGCCUUUUUCUUACACUACACUGGAAUACAUCAAGCAAUAUGCUGAGAUUCGAUACUGUCUUCAUGUAUUGUGUCUGCCGUUUUUCGACAGAACUCUCCUUUCAUGUAACAAACUAACAGUGAUAUAUUACCGUAUGUGCACAUGUGACGUGUUGCUCCGUUCUAGCAAAGAACGCCACAGUUCUGUUCA